GGUCGUCGGACAGUCGCACAAUUGAACAGUGCGAUGCCGACAUGUUUGUCAUUGUUUAGACUUUUUUUAUAUUAACGCACGGAAAGAGUUUUAGUUCCAUGCCGUUCAGAAAUCAACUCGAUUCAUGUGAUGAUUGUUCUUUUCGCCCUGAGGAAUCAAAACCGACCAGGCCACCUCAUCGACAAACAUACGCGUCUAGAAACCAGAGCUGACAGACAAACUGGCGUCGAGUCGGACAAAAGAACCCACCGCGCAGGAAUGACGCCAUGUAUUUUGACAAGACUGGGCGGCUCCCUAGAUGGACAAAGCCGACAAAGGGCAUGAAUUGAGAACCCUAAAGGCCAAAAUUGCCCAGCGCUGGUCCUGGGUGCUUCCAAAAGGUAUCCAAUAGACCGUGGCAGACAAUGAAUGGGAUGCUUCACUACCAGCCUGGAAUCAUGUCUGGAUAUGCUGUACCUGAGAAAAAACAGGUCUGGUUACAUUAGUCCUGGGGCUUGCUAUUUUACACAUUCAACUGCACCAAAGGUUUACCCGUUCUAUUUUUCACCACAGCCGGGCUCCAACAGCCACAACCGCCACAGCCAAGCUCGCCAUGUUCUUGGCCACAGCUGCAGCGCCGGCAGGCACAGGCGCCGAUGUCUGCAAAGCGAAAAGCACUCAUUAGUUAGCCAAGGAACCUGCCAUAAUUUCAAACGACUUUCCCAGAACAUCACGUCUCACCGGAGCAUUGGCGCGCGAGGUCGAGCUGCCUCCUCCGCCGACAGAAGCACCGCCCGAAGCAGACGCCGUCGUGCGGGUUGCGGAACCACCACCAGCAGAAGCAGAAGCCGACGAGGGGACACUGACCGGGCUAGUAGUGGCGGCAGACGAAGCGCCCGAGGUCGAAGAUGGAGCUGCAGGGGGUGUGGCCGUCACGCGUGGCCCGGUCGACGAGGCGGCAGCCGACGAGGCGGUGGCUGACGUCACGGCCGCGCCGGGAUCGACUGCGGGUAUGGCCUCGGGCACGUCGGGCUGCUUCCCGGACAGCGGGGUCGUGGAGAGACCGCAGGCGCGGCCGAAGCUGCCGACGCUGUUGCCGUAAAAGGUCCAGAUGUUGUGGUUGUCCGGACCGGAGCACUGGAGGCAGUUCUUGUAGUUUGUGAGGAAGACGUCGUUGGAGCAACGGGCGUCGCCGCUGAAGCGACCCUGGCGAAGGGCUUGUCCUGUGGUUUGGGGGCGAAACGUCAGUGUCAGCACCCUUGAGCUCUGUCAAAGUAUGGCGUAAAAGCGAGAAAUUGACUUACCACAGGUGUUGUGGCAGUUGUAGGCAGGUGUGCCGGGCUCUUGACGCUUGAGCAGACGGGAUGCUUGCUCCAGGAGGUCCUCGGGCUCGAGAACAGAAGCCGACACGCUGGCGAUGGCCAGAGCGGCACCGACAAGGUAGCGAACGGAAACCAUUGUGCUGGCGACUGCUUAACAAAAACGAACGAGUUCUGGAAUUCAGAGAUGCGGGUGGCAGCUGGGUUGAUUGUUGGAAAAGAAAGGGCCAGUUGAACAACUUCAGAGUCCACGGAGCAGACUGCGAGCUGAGGGCUUUUAUCCGGCAAGGCUUCAGUGCAGCCGGGGUAAUGGCCCAUUCACAUGCAGCGCGGCUCGGAGGCCAGGAAUCAAGGCUUGUGAGCUGGAUUUUUGCGUACCUAGCGGGCGUAGCCAAAAUGGACCACUUACUCGGACUUGCCUGAGCGGGACUCACCGGGCACAUCUGGCUUGGCAUCAAUAACAGUAUGGAAUCGAACACGAGAGCAAAAGACCUCGUUAUGGUAAAAGACCUCGUUAUGGGCCCUGAAAUACACCAGCCCCUAGCUUUUACUACAUUUGUACCGAAGAGGAGUCUCCCAGCCAGGCGGCAGGUCGGCACGGGAUGCCCCGAUUGGGGCAGCGAGCUUCGUUGCUAACCGAAAGGAAGUGCCGACGUAGCCGUCAAGUUGGUCGGUGAGAGCAUUUCGCCGCCGGACCGUCGUAUUUCAUUGAGUGCGCAGAGUUUGCCAAGAUGAUUGAAUGCUACCUGACGGUUUACGCAAGAAUACGAGAGGAGGAGGACGAGAUCCACUCUGCUCCUUAUCAGAUCACACCAUGCCGUUUUCAAGGUCGGCGUGGGUGGUUCCCCGCCUGGGGCCCCUGCGCUUUCCGGAAUCUAAUCUUAUCAGAUGAUCUGAUUUUUGCUCAUCUAUGGCCAAUCAACAGCCCUAUCACCCUCGAAACUCCCUGGUCUUGUCAUACCCUGGACGUGGAGGUCCGAUGUUCGGCCUUGCUACCCUCCUUUUCUUCCACGACGGUACCAUCCGGCUUUUUUCCCUCUUUAACCCCACCGACCCAAAAAGAAAUAUCUCCCCGAGCUUGAUGUGUUGGCCUGAUGUCCAAGACUGUUUGCAUGUGGACUGGCGCAUGUGAAAGGGUUAGAGGUUUAACCGAGCUGAAGUUUUACACGAGAUUCAUGGAUCGCCCUUUCCAGCCUUUCCGCCUGGCGUUCCAAUCUGUGGUUCUUGGGCAGGCUUGGCAUUUCAUGAUGCCGGCGUGCCAACCAAUAGUCCCGUCUCCUGGGAGGAAUUCCUGCUCAAGAAAUAGGCCGAGAGCCACGCUAUAGAAUCUGGGCGAUAUUUUCGCGGGUUGCGGGGUUUCUUGAGGUGCCCGUCCGUCUGUCGUGAGCUUCUACUCUGGUCAGCAUGACUGUCUUGGAAACGAUGGUAGACUGUAACCCAGCCGCAAUUACCAAGGAUGGGCCGAGAGAAAAGUACGAAUAAACCCGUGUUACACUGCCAACCGAAUGCACUCUCUUUGCUCGGCACUUGGCCAUUGCAACACGACGGGUCUUAUCAAGACAACGAGUAAGAAAGGGAGAAGGAAAAGAUUGGCCACCCACCCACCCCUUUACCACCUCGGAAAGCCGAGGGCAGCUGGUACGGUACAGGGCUAAACUCACAGCAUGCUUGGCGGGCUGCCUGAUUUAUAUAAGCGGCAGACAAGACCGUUCUCACCUCCUCAUUCCCCUCGUUUAUUCCCCCCCUUGCAGCCAGACUGUCGACUUCAAAGUUCUUCCUGUCAGGUUCAAGUCUCAGCACAAACUCCACAAUGCAGUCCAAGGUCGCUACAAUUCUCCUCGCCGCCGGCAGCGUCGCGGCGCUUGGUGAACGCAACGCUCCUACGGCCCACGGCGUCGGCGCCAUGGGGACCGAGAUGGGGCCGGUCGCUUUCCUGUGGCCUGCCGACCGCCCGUGGUCUGCCGGGGCCGACAACACCGAGCCUUGCGGAAGCACCCAGGGCGUUGGCAACCGGACGCCUUUUCCUCUGUCCGCUGGUGCCGUCUCCCUCUCCAUCGCCGCGGAUGCUUACGAUGUCGAGUUUACCAUGUCUUAUGCCAAAGAUCCCAAGAGCAACAGCGACUUUACCCAGCAGGCGAUCCCGUCGUCGGUCGGCAAGAUCGUAUCGGGCCACCAGUGCUACAAGCUCAACGCCCCGCCGAGCACCGUCAAGGCCGGCGACGAUGCCACCAUCCAGCUCAAGUACCGGUCCAAGUUCCCGGGCGAGAACAAUGGCAACGACCAGACCUUUUAUGCCUGCGCCGACAUUCAAUACGUCGAGACGAGCCUCUUCAAGACGGCCAUCCCCUGCUUCAACGUGACGUCGGACGAGUUCGCCGCCCCAGAGACCACCAACAGCCCCGCCGCCCCGGCCACCAACUCGCAGCCCGCCGCUGGUCUGACGACCGGCGCCAUCGCCGGCAUCGCCGUCGGCACCAUUGUCGGCUCGCUGGCCGUCGUUGGUGUUGUUGCGUUCCUGGUCUUUAGGAAGCGUCGUGCUGGCGCCGCCCGCAACGCCGAGACCGUCCUGCCCGUCGCCAAGAACAACAUGGAGACCGCGUCGGUCUCGUCGACACUUUGUCGCUAGAGUUGGCAGGCCAGAGUGGUGUGGGUGUGAGUUGUAGGAACUUGGUGGCAUGAAUCAUGAUGUUUUUUUGGACUCUUUUAUUUUUAUUUUUUUUAUUUGCCUUUGAUAUUCCAGAUUUACAGGGCAAUGAGAGCGGGGAUUGGCUAGCACGGCAGGUCGCCAGAACAUAAGAAACAAGACAGCAUCCAGAUAGCCCACCCCUAACGUCAAACUCCAGUCUCGCUACAAAACCAUGUCACCACUACUUUGACGCUGCCAAGAUGC